AUGGGUGAUCGACGUGAAGUUAUAGUAACCAGUGAUACUUCUGGUGUAUUAUGGACUGUGUGCAUGUGGGAUUCACAAACAGGAACAGCGCUUAUGAAUUAUAAGGGCGGUGGAACUACCAAUAUGCACUGUCUGUCAUUUGUAGGUAAUGAUUACCUUUUGUGUGCAGAAAAGUUGAAGCCCCUUAUCCAUGUUUGGCCUUUAAAUAGUCAAGAGGUAUCCAAGAGCAUUGAACGCAUUGUAACUCCAGGAUGUGUGUCUGCACUGUGUGUGUCCCCAACUAAUGAAUAUUGUGUCAUUGCCAUUUCUGAAAAUAUAUAUAUUUGGGAUUUAUUGAGAGGUCAAUUGUUGCAUGUUACUACAAGGCAUUUUCGUGCAAUUUCAUGUGUGAAAUUUACUGACGAUGGAUCUCAUUUUAUAUCAGGUGGGCAAGAUGGCAUGGUCAUUGUCUGGCCAUUAGCAUAUCUUGUAUCAUGUAAUGCAAGUGAACUACUGCCAUUAAUGGAAGCUGGUCAACCUGAGCCAAGAUAUACAUUUUCAGAUCACUCAUUGCCUGUUACAGAUUUAUAUGUUGGACAUGGUGGUUGUCAAGCAUUAAUAGCAUCAGUAUCAGGUGACCACACGUGUAAAAUAUAUAGCAUCUCAGAUGGAAUUCUUCUUUUAUCUGUGGUAUUUAAUUGUGCUUUAUCUGCUGUUACAAUGAGUGUUAAUGAAUUGGAAGUUUUUGUUGGCACAGUUAGUGGUGAAAUUUAUAGUUUUGACAUGCAACGUAUGCCUCGUACUCAAGAUUAUCAUGUGACCAAAGAAGAAAUGUCUAAGAAGUAUAUAGGACAUACAAAAUCUGUAACAAGUCUUUCAACAUCUUUGGAUGGGUUUCGUCUUGUGUCUGGAUCUGCAGAUGAAAAAGUUAUUAUAUGGGAUAUUAAGAGUAAACAGUGCAUGAAAAUAUUGCAACACAAAGGUCCAGUGAGUAAUGCAUUAUUUGCAUUACAUGCAAAUCAGAUCUCCUCAAGUAAUUUCAAACCAUCAACCGUUAUUCGUAGUUUUAAGAAAGGAACUGAAGGAACAGAAUGCAUCAGAUAUAUUAGAAAAGAUGGUUUUAUGGAGAAAGAAAUACAACCUACAAGUAUUAUUAAAAAUAUGUCAGAAAUGGUGCAAGCUGAUCAGUCACAUUUUCAAGAUGAACUUGAAAUUGAUAUAAUACAACUGAAAGAAAUCAACAAUAAACUGUACAAAUUUGCUGUCAACAAAUUACUAACUAAUACGUAA